ACGCUAACCCUAGAUGAAGCUCUACAAAAUAAUUCUUGGAUGUUCAUCCAUGGCCGAUCAACAACUCUGCUAUUUUCCAAUAUCCUCCUUCCUCAUGUGGUAUUUUUCGUUCUCUUCCUCGAUUCAUCAAAAUGAUUGAGUCUUUUUCUCUAAGAGCGAAAUGUUUUUUCUGCGACCGUAACACUAGAUGAAGAAGUUCUACUCCGAUCAACAACUGUGCUAUUUUCCGAUAUCCUCCUUCCUCUUUCUGUCUAACCCUAGAUGAAGAAAUUCUGCUUCGAUCAACAACUGUGCUAUCUUCCGAUAUCCUCCUUUCUCAUGAGCAUCGAAGUCGCUGUUCUCAAUUUCCUCAAGAUCUUGAACUCUCCCGAUCCAGAAAUCUCGCACCUACUUUUGCGUGGAAGGUUUGGAAAUGUGCUGGCAAAAGCUAAUCUUAGAGAAACAAGUCAUGCGUAUGAAACUCUUUUACAGGUUUCUUUGUGAGUCACCGAAUGACUUUUCAUUUCAAUUGAAGGUCAAUAGGAUGAUACUAGGUUGCUUUUCCCAUUUUAUAUACUAAUUUUAUUAAUGGAGAUUUGACAAGAUAUUUCCAUUUCAUGCUAUGGCUCUUAAUCUCAUUUUAUUGCAUAAAACACUUAAAACUUGGCAGCACAGGUGUUACGUUGCUUCAGUAUAGUCUUUACAGUCUUGGGAUCAUGACAUCUAACAGAGGACUUGUAGCUCGGUGUCUGCUGUUGCAGGCAUUAUAAUAAUUGCCUUUACUAUUUUUCUUUAUUACAUUGCAUGUAGUGCUCAUUCUGUGGCACUGGUCUACUGACGCAUGGUGUUACAAAUUUUAAAAUACUAAAAACAUUAAUUUUAAUUGGGUUUCUUAUGUGUAUCAGUUUUCAAUUAGGGUGGCCUGCUGCAUUAUUAUAGUUCCAAGUUACCACUGGCAUGGACUGGUUAUCCUAUUCCUGUACACCUACAUGUUUGGCGGCAGUGUAAUAUGUCUAGAGGCUAAUAAAUUAUAAAUAUGUUACUUGCUUCAAGUCAUGCUGAGAUGGCCAUUUUCCUCCAUUUUAGGUCCUUUAGGAUGCAACUAGACAAUGCUGCAUUAAUUAUCUGUACCUUUUAUUUAGCUUGCAACGUCAUGUGGUUGGGAUUACAAGGUGAUGAUCUAUAGCCGACACCUGAACAGGCAUUUGCUUCAUUAAAGACAUGGGAC